AAUGUCUCUAAGUAUGAAGUGGUAAGUGAUUAGGUCUAAAUCCUUCAAAAGAAGGAUCAGCAGUCUGGGGUGGUGCAGAAGAAGGAUAAUUAGUCUGGGAUUGUGUAGCAUUCAUAGAAUAUUGCUAGCUAAGUAAGCGCAUGUGCUCUUGGAAUCUCCUCUCAAAGUUGGCCUCCAUCUCUGAUACUCUUUGUGAUACCUUUGUAUGAAUAUGUGCGGCCACCUCUAUCUGAACUCGCUCAGCCAUUUCUUCCCGAACUUGAGUAAGCUCAGACUGCAACUACUGAACCUGUGUCGUAAGAAUCCUGGUGGUAGAAAAGGAGGCGUCACUCAUGUCAUACCGUCGCCAAGGGAUGCCAUGCUCUGCUAAAUCAUGUAAUGUAGACAUCCCUCUCAUCUGACCCUUUUUAGGAGGUCCAACCACCUCCUUCUAGAUAAGUGAAUCCCAUUUUGGCCAUGAAUCCUUGUUUGGCCUAUGCUUCUCCACAUAUUUUUGGUGAGCAUCAUGCUGUUUCAAAAAUAAAAUUUUCAUUAGUUA